AUGAUGAAGUUUUGCUGUCUAGAGCCUUUUCCCUCCCUCCUAGCUUUCUUAACCAGAAUUCAUUACCACGGCGUCGGUUCAGUAGCCUUCAAAAACAUACGCAACCCUAUCGAUACCCUAAUUGCCUCCGUCCCGGAUGGCCGGGAAAGCAUUUAUCAGAACAAGACACCUGUUAGUGCACGAAUGCUUGCUCUCAUGCUGCGUCAAGACCAUCAAAUCAUCUCCUUAGACUCCGAAAAAGUCUUCUACUUUGAUAUCAGCCCCUUACAACGCGACCUCCUAUACAGCCUGUGGCUCGCACCGAAUAACAUCACACAGCACGUCGAGCGCCUCGAGACUGCAAUGACAGACCGCGUCAGGUCAAUCAACAGCCGUCAGAUGCUGCUAGGCCAAGCCUCAUAUACGGAACAAGACAUCCUUGUGCAAUGGGAGCGGCCCACUUUUUCUCUCCUCUUGCUCGUUCUCAAACUCGUCUUCUUGGUCGCUAUGUACUAUGAUGAGAACUGCAAAGGAUACUCAAACAGGGAUAUGGAAGACAUCAGCUAUGCCGGCGCUGAUGUACAGUUUGCCGAAGGAGGCUCAGAGGGGACGGAGUCCGCCCACUGUGUGGGGUGGGGUGGACCAGAGCUGUAG